AUGGAUUCUAAUAUUCCCAUUGUGAACUAUCAACGAACUGACGCAACUCUUCUACUCAAUCACGCUGAGAGGCUCUUUGAGAAUGAUGUCUUCCACCAAUAUUUAACUCCUCCUCAACUUAUCGUUUUGAACAAAGUACUCUCAGUAGAAGAUAAUGAGAUAAAGGGAAAGAUUUGGGAGGAAUUGAUGAGUGGCAAUGUUUUUCUAGAUGUAGAAAAAGUUGUAGAAGACACGACCAAAGCUCAAGAAGAAAUACAAAUGAACGAAAGAAGCGAGAUAGAGUCGAGUUCUAGUCAGGCCAGAGCUGAUAUUCAAGAUCUCACUGUAGAAGGAAGCAAAAAAGUUGAAAUUAAAUUGGGAAAUGAUGAUGAAAAAUCGGAAGAAAAAGAAUCUGUGGACACGCCUUCUGGUAAGGUCAUAAGUGAUCUUGCAAAUCAAGAAGUACCGGCACAAUCGCGAAACGGAAAUAGAAAGGAGGAAGAUGUAACAGAGGAGCCAGAUUUCUCAGAGUUCGACCUUCAGGAUCUGCAACAGCAGAUGUGCGGCUGCGAUUUUGUCGGUAACCUAUCACUAAAGAUCAGAUACGUCCUAUGGGAGCGAGCAAUCGAUCCACUUUAUGAUAUUAAAAGUCAAGGCAAUUUGAAAUCGUCUAAGUUAGAGGAGACUCAAACAGCUAAUCUUGAGCAAGCCAAGAGUGCAAUCGGCUCACUCAAAAUUAUCACUCAAGAAGCGGAAACUUCCACGAGUAACAUUCAUGAUGAAGAUGAUGAUUACGAUUUUGAUGAUGAAGAAGAAAAGGAAUCUGCACCAGAAAGAUCCGAUGAACGUCAAAAUUCGACAAAUACACAAAUGACGUAUCAAGAAAAUGGAAGACUUAUUUUAAAAUUGAAAAUUUCCAAAGAAACAUUGGCUGAAUUGGGAGUUACAAAUACUCAGUCCAUAAUAGAAAAUUUCAACAAGAUUUACCAUAAUUUUGAAAAUGAUAGGGAGACGCUUCUCAAGAGACUAAAGUUGGAGGAAAGUGACAAGCUGUUGGAACCCUCAAAAAAGAGAAAAAGAAGUGAUUCAUCGGACGAGGCUAAAGAACAAGACGAGGAAUACGCAAGCGACAUCGAGAGCAAAAAGCCAAAAACGAAUGGAUCGCUUAUGUCAAAUUUACCUGUUACACUGGGUUCUGCGAAUUUAUCUCUCAAACAUUUGUUGGCUUCAAUACAAGAAAACAAGUCUAAGCUUAGCAUAUCGGACUAUGAGCUAAGGCAUUUAAUCAUGGACGUCCGGAAGAAUCGAUCAAAGUGGGCUUCUGACGAUAAAAUUGGUCAGGAAGAGCUUUAUGAUGCAUGCGAGAAAGUCGUGUUAGAGCUUCGAAACUAUACUGAGCAUUCGACUGCUUUUUUGAAUAAGGUAAGCAAGAGAGAGGCACCAAAUUACUAUCAAAUUAUCAAGAAACCAAUGGACCUCAAUACCGUCCUGAAAAAGCUCAAAACUUAUCAAUAUACCUCUAAACAACAGUUUGUGGACGAUUUAAUGCUCAUUUGGAAAAACUGUCUGACAUAUAAUUCGGAUCCUAAGCACUUCUUGCGCGGUCAUGCUAUAGCAAUGCAGAAAAAAUCUCUAACGUUAAUUCCUCUCAUACCUGAUAUAGUCGUCAGGGACCGCACGGAAGUUGAGAAGGAAAUUGAAGAAAUUGACAAGGAAAAUGGAAAGGACGUCGAAGCAGAGGAAGUCUCAGGAACAGGAAGAAAGGGUGGCAAUGUGAGGGGCAUUAAACAUGUCUCUGAAGAUGACAUAGCAGUAGAGAAUAGCAAAAAGAGACAAGAGGGGGUAAACCAAGAAUUACGGAGCGGAGGAUCUUCAGAAACCAAUUACCAAGCAGCUGAUUUACCAACGCAAGACAAUAGUCAUGAUAGUGAAAGACAGAAGAUUAUCGACGGUAACAUAAACUCAUUAUCACAAGAAAACAGAGAAACCGAAUCUGGCAAAAAACUCGAGCAUGAAUCUGUCUCAACGCCGAAAAAAGCAGAUACCGACAAUUACGAAGCAGCAGAAGAGGAAAACAAAAAGAAUAUGGAACAAGAGGAGGAGAAAGAAGUAGAAGAAGAGGAAGAAGGAGAAGGAGAAGGAGAAGCAGAAGGAGAAGGAGAAGUAGAAGGAGAAGGAGAAGGAGAAGUGGAGAUAGAAGAAGAAGAAGAUGAUGAUGAAGAUGAAGAUGAUGAAGGUGGACUUGAUUCAGAGAUGUAUCUUGUUGAAAGAGACGACGACAAGGACGAUUUAGAAUUAUCAACCUGGAAGAGUCUUACUGCAACAGCAAGAGCUGAGAUUUGCGUUAAAAGGGCCAAUCUUUUCAAAAGCGGAAAGCUGAACAGCGAUUCGGUAGCAAUUCUAAGAAAUCCUGGAAAAAUGAAAGAGUUUGAUCAAUUUCUGAAAGAAUAUAAAGAAGAAAAGGAAGGUGAGUUGCAAAGAAGGAAACUAGAACAGGAAUCUAUGAUGAAAAAUGGUUUUGGUACAGUUAUUAAACAAGAAGAAGAUGAAAUUUCCCAAAUGCAACUACAGGAUACGCAAAGUUUAGUUGCGGGUAGUGGUAUAGGUAAGGACUCAAAUGAAAUCGAAGUAGAUGAUUCAAUGUUCUUGAUGGAAUACAAUGUUGCUAAUGCUGUUCCAGAGUUGGGAUACAGAGGAAUUGAUAAUGAAAUGCUAGAUAAAGAGGAAGCUGCCAUGGUUCAACGUAUAUUGUCCGAGGGACAAAAAGGACCCAGUGCCCUGAUUGCAAAUAGAAAUUUGGGUUUAUCGCCCAAAAUGGACUCCAAUAUUCAUCUUAUUCAAGAAAUUCGACACAUUUGCCAUAAGAUCUCAUUAAUAAGAAUGCUACAAAAUCCACAAAACCCGACACAGCAAUCUAAAAAUGCUAUGGCGAAUGCCAACAACCAGAUCUGGAAUACUCAUCGCUAUAAGUACACUGACAUUGAUGAAAAUUUGGACAUAGAUCCGGUCUCACGAUUAUCGACACACAAUUACAAAAACGAUAAACAAUUAAUUUGGAGAGUGAUGCACAAAAAUGUUUCCAAAAUUGCAAUGUCUAAUGGCUUCGAAAGUACUCAACCUACUGCUAUCAAUAUGUUGACCGAGAUUGCUGGCGAUUAUCUUUCUAAUUUGAUAAAGACUAUAAAAGUUCAUCAAGAAAGUACCUCUCUGAACAUUCAAAAGCCAUCUGACAUAUUACGUAUGUCACUGCAAGAAAAUGGUAUUAAUAAACCAGACGACCUGUACACUUACAUUGAAACUGAGUUCAUCAAAAAAACGAACAAACUAAAAGAUAUAAAACAGAAACUGAAUGCGUUUUUAAAAGAUCUUUUAAGACCUACUUUACAAGAGCUAUCAGAACGUAAUUUUGAUGAUGAGAGUCAAAGUUUCAUGACAGGAGACUUUUCAACUGAGCUAACUGGGGAGGAUUUUUUUGGAUUCAAAGACUUGGGACUUGAUAAGGAAUUUGGUGUACUGAGUAACUCAGUGCCAUUACAGCUGUUAACUUUCCAGUUUAGAGGCAAAGGUGCAGAAACAAAAGUUAAGGACAAAAAAAUUCAGCCGGAAGAAUUCGACAACGUCACCUACAAAUGGGUAACAAGAGAGCAUAUCGACCAGGGUAUGUUAUGGGAUACUUUGAAACCACUACUGAAUAAGGCUUACAAUAGAACUAAAACCUAUUAUUCAAAAAACGGUAAGAAUAAAGCGUCUGAAAUUCAUGCAGCAGAUGCGCUUGGCGGAGAUUUGUCACAAAAAUUGCUUGAAGAUGAUGACAUUCCUGCGAAGUCAAAAUCCUCUGGAAAGCCUAGGCUACCUCCAACUGGCAAAAUCAAUACAAAUUACAAGAAGAAGCUAUUAGCUGACGCAUUUUUCUUACCCGACACACCGGACGAGGAUAGGGAAGAAAAAAAGCUCGACACUAAUCAAAGUAAGAUCGUGGAUAAUAUCGCGGCGGCUGAUUCAAAAGAUUUUGAAGAUCUUUUUGGAACUGAAAACACUCCUCCAGGAAGCUCGUUUAGUUUGAGUUUACCGAGGGUAGAUGAAUAA